UCUAAGGAAAAAGAAGGAUCGAACGGAGGCUUCUUCGAUUUUUGGGUGCUAGGAGCGAGGUAUUCUUCCUCGUUUUCCGACCGAGAGUUACAGAGAGCGAGAGAAGUUUCUUCCUGAACUUCCAACGGGAAUGAGACGACAGGGAGUUGAGAAUCUGAGAGGCUGAGAGACCCAGACUUUGAGCUCUUCUUGAUUCUUCGUGCGACUUCUUCUUCUAUUUGCUGCGGGAGUUGCCGCUUGCCUUAACCGCAUUACGGAUUUGGUGUUGCCUCCUGGAGCAGAAGACACAGACAACACCGGAUAUUUAGCAACAAACAGGAACUCACUGUUGGGAAGCUAAGCUAAAGAAUAUUUCAUUUCUCUAUUGAGCGCAAAGUUACAAAGAAUAUGGAUCUUUUCUGAAUCUGCAAGAAGGAACCAACAACUAUGGGAAGAGAGGACAUGACAGAGGAGGAAACAUCUAAUGCUACGAAACAGAAGGUUGCAGCUUCAAAUCAGUAUAUUGAGAAUAAUUACAAGGAGCAGAUAAGGAACCUGCAAGAGGGAAUAGAACGGCACAAGUGCUCAGCAUGCUUCAAACAGUAUAAGAAGAAGGAACAUCUAAUUGAACACAUGAGGGACUCAUACCACUCAGUUCAUCAACCAAAGUGUGGCGCAUGUCAAAAGCAUAGCAAAACAUUUGAAUCUCUCAGGGAGCAUAUAACUGGUCCAUUGGCCAAAGCGGAAUGUUCAAACGUAUAUGCUAAUCAAGGAUGCUUCCUUUGCUUGAAAGUCUUUGAUGAUCCAACUUCUCUUAUAGAGCACAAAGAAGAGUGUUAUCUACCCGUUCCAGUUUCUCCUCUACUGAUGUUUGGGGAAGUUCAAACUGAUAUUUCAAACCCAGUUAAUGGCACCAAAGACCGUCAUAGUAGGAAGGCAGUUGCCAUUGACUGUGAAAUGGUUGGGGGAGGAAGCGAUAAGUCCCUUGAUAUUUGUGCUAGGGUAUGUCUUGUUGAUGAAGAUGAAAAUUGUCUUUUCCACACUUAUGUUCAACCUCAAAUUGAAGUCACCAAUUACCGAUAUGAGGUCACUGGUAUAACUGAAGAAUAUCUAAGAAAUGCAAUGCCUCUCAAAGAAGUGCAAGAAAGACUCCUGCUAAUCUUGCAUAAUGGCGAACGUAUUGGCAAAGUGCGCCUAAAUGGUGGUAAAGCAUUUCUUCUUGUGGGUCAUGCAGUAGACCAUGACUUGAAUUGUUUGAAAUUGUUUUAUCCACAUCACCUGAUCCGGGACACAGCACAAUAUCAACCACUUAUGAAAACAAAUCUAGUCAGUCACUCAUUGAAGUACCUCACCAGGACAUAUCUGGGGUACGAUAUACAAUCAGGUUUGCAUGACCCAUACAUAGAUAGUGUAUCAGCAAUGAGAUUGUACAAGAGAAUGCGUAGUACCCAAGAUCAUGGGAUGGGAACGGAAGUUUCAGAUGAAUAUGCUCAAAGUUCUAUUUAUGGUGCCUAUUAUUCUUUGAAACCCAAUGAGCUGAACGAUAUGAGCCCAGAUGAACUAUUCAAUCUUUCUAGGUCUAAUUAUCACUGCUGGUGUUUGGAUGGCAGACAGCAGCAGCCACCCGAACUAGAGGAGGAGGAGGAGGAAGUUGAGAGAAAUUGGAGGCCAUGGGAGUGAAUAAUAUUUAGAAAUUUAGUCUGUUUUGCUCGGAUGAAUGGAGAACAGUUUCAUCUAAAUGUGUUUUGUCUUGAGCAUGUGAAUUUUAAUUGGAUUCAUACACUGUUUUAAAGUUAUAACUGGCCAUGAUUAAUAUGUGUUUGUGUUAUUUGUCGUUAACUUAAGCAGAGUCGUUAUACA